UGUCAAAUACCCUUAAAUAGCAUAGAUACAAAGGGGAGUCACCUAUCCAUCUCUAUGCAGUUGUUUUACUUUAGCCUCGGUUUGGCUGCAAGUUUGACAUUUUAUCUGCUGUUUGAAACAAUAAGGCACUGGUCGCAAUGGAGUCUUUUGUUAAAUUCACAAAUCAAAGUCAAGGAAGGGAUCGUAUUUUCAGGACAACCCAAUAUGCAUGUGCCUUGGUGAAGUAUUUGCUUCGCAAUAAUUCUGCAAGGAAAGAGCUUGUUGUCAAGCUGCAGAGUCUGGAGUCCAACAUGAGUUCUGGAAGGAAAUUGCUCAGACUGGGGAACACUGUGAAUUCCAUUGACGCUGCCAAGCGAACCUUGCAGCUCUCUGACCCUGUGUUGCGCCUCUGCCUUACUGUGGCGAACAUCAACCGCGCCCUUUACUUUAUCUGCGACAAUGUGCUCUGGGCCAGAAAUGUUGGCCUCGUCCCUGGUAUCGACAAGGAGCGCUGGAGCUUGAAUGCCUCUUGUUGCUACUUCCUGUCCCUGGUUAUGAGUCUGACCAGAGAUGUUUACGUAAUCACCCAGACUAUGGUUCAGAGAACCAGAGAGAGGCAGUUUCAGGAGAAAAUGGAUCAGCACCUCAAUGACAACCCUGAUGUGGCUACUGUUAUUGUUCCUCAACUGGAUGCUUUUCUGUUCCUGCUUUUCGAGAGUCUUAAAAGCCAUCCCUCGGUUACCCUUGACACACUGAAAAACAUUUGUGAUAUUUUCAUUCCACUGGACAGGCUGGGUGUGUACCGGUCAAACCCAGGAGUGGUGGGCUUUUGUGGGCUGAUUUCAUCUCUCUUAGGGAUAGUGUCAGUCUUGCAUCCCAGUUUGAAAAUCCAACCGUAACCUAGAGUUGAAGGAAAAUGAAAGGAGAUAGAAUUAUGAAAUGAAGAGAAGCCAUACACAGUACAAUGGGCAGAUGCCAGUACUAAGGUUUAUUGUCAUUUUUCAGGGGUACUAUCCUAUUUUGAAUCACUUCAGGGGAAGUUGCAUGCUAGUAGAAGUUCACUGAUUACAGCAACCCCUUCAGAUAGCAAUUAGGAGCUUAAAGGGCAAACACUUAUGAGUAGCCAAUGUUUAUGAUUACUGUUAGGACCAGCAACAGCUCAGCUCAGGUGGAUCCAUAUGUACCUUUUUAGACAUUUUCAAAAUUAAUAUAUUAUGAAGGGAACUUUGCAGUAUUUAGGAACCACAAAGACAAACGGGGCUGGACAGGGAUCUUAAUCAACUUUGUUUACUAGUGUUUAAUUGAGCCCGAGGAGGUUUGUGAUAUAUGGCAAAUAUACCACGGCUAAGGGCUGUUCUCAUGCACAACGCAACAUGGAGUGCCUCAACACAGCCCUUAGCCGUUGUAUAUUGGCCAUGUAUCAUAAAUCCCCAAGGUGCCUUAUUGCUCUUAUAUACUGGCUAAUGUAUUUAGAGCAGUAAAAAUGUUUUUUCAUACCCAUGGUAUACGGUCUGAUAUACCAUAGUUGUCAGCCAAUCAGCUUUCAGGGCUCGAACCACCCAGCAAUUUUUAAUUGAACGUAGAGCACUGUAGGUGGGGGGCCACAAUGCUUUAUUAACUAAAUAACGUGACGGAUCAUGAGUUGCGUGAUUCAGCAUUACCACACUGUCUCCUGUAUGUCUUUGAUUCCAAGGCCACUUUGUAUCAUGUGAAUUUGCACAGCCUGUGCAAUUGAUAAAAGGAAGCAUUCACAUUGGAAAUAAGGCCCUUAUGAUGUAGAAUAUAACUGAUUGACAUGAACACAAAUUCAAGUGUACUUUAGAUUGUGACCAAUUGGAGCAUUUACUAAACAAGUUUUGUUGAUGUCUUGUGUAAUUGUCAAAUCAUGUCCAGUAUUUUUCUUUAUCG